AAUGAAUAUUACAGACUAAGGAUAAACAACGUAACACGAAAUCUUGGUAGAAGUUUACAUUUGAAAACUGAUUUGUGUUGAAAAUGAAGUGCCCGGUGAUACAUGAAGAAGAGCCUGAGCCUUCCCAGGUGAGAGGCCGUCUUCCCGUGAACAACGACAGAGUGGACUUCUCAGAUUAUGAAUGGAUGGGUGAGGAACUAGAGGAGUUUGACAGAAAGGUUGAGGAGGAGUUCUGGGAGGAAGAAUUCAUUGAGGCCUGUUUUGAGGAGAUGCUGGAGGAAGAGGAAGCCCAGCGUCUUCUCAUGGAGGAGGAAAUCCAUGCAUAUGAAGAGCUUUUGAAGAACAUAGAGAACAGAAACAUCUCCAACUUCCUAGACAAUGUGGUGAACUCCAGCAAGUUGAACCCAAAUGCUCCAGAAUUCAUUCCACGGAACCAGGGGAACACCAAUUCAAGUUAGACAAGCAAGAUAAUGUGUAAUCCUUAGUGCUACUAGAGAAUGACCAUUGGUCCAUGGCUGUCCCACACUAAGUCUCCUCAUUCACAAUGUGUUGUUUUGUUGUCGUUGUUGGGUAAUCAUGUGAUGAGAUGCCACAGUUUUAGCUCGGGCUCAUUUUAUUGGAGAUAGCUGAGCUUUUUCGUUUUGGAGGAGACAGUGUUAUUUCCCCUCAUAGCAUUCAACUGACCAUAUUAAGGUGUAGCUUGAUAUUCAUUCAUAAAAUGUUGGAAAACUCAGAGAAAAAAAUGACUAAAAUGCCAUUAAAGUUAUUUUAUACCAAAUUUCACAAUAUAUAUUACCAGUGUAUAAUCGUCUUAAUUUGUCUGCCAGAAUGGCUUUUUAGGUUUAAGAUUGUAUAAAUCUGUCCAUUAUUGUGGAUUCUUUCAUCGUUUUUAUUUUCAUUUCUUUAUUAUGGUGGUGCAGUAAAUAAAUGUGGUACCUUUCUCAGUGGCAAAAGUUGAUACACGUGCUAAAAAUGGAAAACUGAAGCAUUCAAGGUCUA